UACUCUCGCACCCGGUGGCCGCCAUCUUGGCAGAAGACGAACGAACCCACAGACACGCAGCCACCGGUUUUACCGGUAUAUCUUUGAUUUGGAUUGAAAAUCAUCUUGUGCAAGAACUCAUAAGGGGAUAAAGAACAGCCAAGAUGGCAACACUGCUCCCCAUACGAUUUCAGGAGCAUUUGCAGCUCCAGAAUGUUGGAAUCAAUGCGUCUAAUAUUGGGUUCAGCACCCUCACCAUGGAGUCGGAUAAAUACAUCUGUAUUAGGGAGAAAGUCAGCGAGACUGCCCAGGUUGUCAUCAUAGACAUGAACGACACCAACAACCCUAUCAGACGUCCUAUUUCGGCCGACUCUGCUAUUAUGAAUCCUGCAAGCAAAGUCAUUGCUCUCAAAGCUGGAAAAACUCUGCAAAUCUUCAAUAUUGAGAUGAAGAGCAAGAUGAAGUCACACACCAUGACAGAUGAUGUCAUUUUCUGGAAGUGGAUUUCUGUAAACACUGUAGCCCUCGUCACAGAAACCUGUGUUUACCAUUGGAGUAUGGAAGGUGACUCACAGCCCCAGAAGAUAUUUGACAGACAUACCAAUCUGGCCGGAUGUCAGAUAAUCAACUACAGGACUGAUGCCAAGCAACAAUGGCUUCUUGUCAUUGGCAUUUCAGCACAGACGGGGGCUGAGGCAGCAACGGGGCCUGAGGCAGCACAAAAUCGUGUUGUGGGUGCAAUGCAGCUGUACUCUGUGGAGAGGAAAGUUAGUCAGCCUAUUGAGGGGCACGCUGCAGCCUUCGCUACAUUCAAAAUGGAGGGCAACACAAACCCUUCCACACUAUUUAUGUUUGCUGUCAGGGGAGCUCAGGGCGGAAAGCUCCAUGUGAUAGAAGUAGGUCAGCCACCCCAAGGGAAUCAACCCUUCACAAAAAAGGCAGUGGAUGUUUUCUUCCCACCUGAAGCCCAGAAUGACUUCCCAGUUGCUAUGCAGGUGAGUCCAAAACACAGCGUUUCCUUCCUCAUCACUAAGUAUGGGUACAUCCACAUGUACGACAUCGAGACUGGGACUUGUAUCUACAUGAACCGAAUCAGUGGGGACACCAUCUUUGUCACCGCCCCACACGAGGCCUCAUCAGGAAUCAUUGGAGUCAACAGGAAAGGGCAGGUGUUGUCUGUGAGUGUAGAAGAGGAUAAUAUUGUCCAGUACCUGACCACCACGCUACAGAACCCUGACCUUGCUCUCAAGGUUGCGUCCCGUGGCAACCUGCCGGGCGCUGAGGAUCUUUUUGUCCGCAAAUUCAACAACCUGUUUCAGAGUGGCAACUAUGCAGAGGCUGCCAAAGUAGCAGCUGGAGCCCCCAAGGGUAUUCUACGGACCCCCCAGACCAUACAGCGUUUCCAACAGGUCCCAGCGACCACAGGCCAGACAUCUCCACUGCUCCAGUACUUUGGAAUCCUACUGGACAAAGGUCAGCUCAACAAGUAUGAGUCCCUGGAGCUUUGUCGCCCCGUGUUACAACAAGGCCGUAAACAGCUGCUGGAGAAGUGGCUCAAGGAGGAGAAGUUGGAAUGUAGCGAGGAGCUUGGUGAUCUAGUCAAAGCCACAGACCCAACACUGGCUCUGUCUGUAUACCUCAGAGCAAAUGUCCCCAACAAAGUGAUCCAGUGUUUCGCGGAGACUGGACAGUUCCAGAAGAUUGUGCUGUAUGCCAAGAAAGUUGGCUUCACUCCAGAUUUUAUAUUCCUAUUGCGUAACAUCAUGAGGAUGAACCCCGAGCAGGGCCUACAGUUCGCCCAGAUGUUGGUACAAGAUGACGAACCACUGGCUGAUCUAAACCAGAUUGUUGACGUGUUCAUGGAGUUUAACCUGAUCCAGCAGUGCACCUCGUUCCUGUUGGAUGCCCUCAAGAACAACCGACCCGCUGAGGCCCCACUACAGACAAGACUGCUAGAAAUGAACCUUAUGUCUGCUCCACAGGUGGCAGAUGCUAUUCUCGGCAAUCAAAUGUUUACCCACUAUGACCGUGCUCAUGUGGCCCAGCUGUGUGAGAAGGCCGGACUUCUACAAAGAGCACUAGAACAUUACACAGACCUGUAUGACAUCAAGCGGGCAGUUGUACACACCCACCUACUCAACCCAGAGUGGCUGGUGAACUACUUCGGUUCCCUGUCUAUAGAGGACUCAUUAGAAUGUCUGAAAGCCAUGCUGCAGGCAAACAUCCGCCAGAACCUGCAAGUCUGUGUGCAGAUUGCUACCAAAUACCAUGAACAACUCGGCACACAGUCACUUAUCGAAAUAUUUGAGUCCUUCAAAAGUUUUGAAGGUCUCUUCUAUUUCCUGGGAUCCAUCGUGAACUUCAGUCAGGACACCGAUGUCCACUUCAAGUACAUUCAGGCUGCUUGUAAGACUGGACAGAUCAAAGAGGUCGAGAGAAUCUGUAGGGAGAGCAACUGUUACGAUCCAGAGAGGGUGAAAAACUUCCUUAAGGAGGCCAAGCUUACUGACCAGUUACCGUUGAUAAUUGUGUGCGAUCGGUUCGACUUUGUCCACGACUUGGUGCUGUACCUGUACCGCAACAGCCUACAGAAGUACAUCGAGAUUUACGUACAGAAGGUGAAUCCUGCCCGACUUCCCGUUGUUGUCGGUGGGUUGCUGGAUGUCGACUGUGGAGAGGAUGUCAUCAAACAACUCAUCCUUGUUGUGAAGGGUCAGUUCUCUACUGACGAGCUGGUGGAGGAGGUCGAGAAACGCAACAGGAUGAAGUUGCUGUUGCCGUGGCUCGAGAUGCGUGUUCACGAGGGAGUUCAGGAACCAGCCACUCACAAUGCUCUGGCUAAAAUUAACAUAGACAGUAACAACAACCCAGAGAGGUUCCUCAGAGAGAACCAGUUCUAUGACAGUUUAGUUGUGGGUAAAUAUUGUGAGAAGCGCGACCCUCAUUUGGCUUGUGUAGCUUACGAGAGAGGACAAAACGACAUGGAACUGAUUAAGGUGUGCAAUGAGAACUCGCUGUUCAAGAGUGAGGCCCGGUAUCUGGUACGUCGUCGUGACACCGAUCUGUGGGCAGUCGUGUUACAGGAGGACAAUGAGUACAGACGCCAGCUGAUUGACCAGGUUGUACAGACAGCACUGUCGGAGACACAGGACCCAGAGGACAUUUCUGUCACAGUCAAAGCUUUCAUGACCUCCGACCUUCCAAAUGAACUGAUUGAACUUUUGGAGAAGAUUGUUCUGGAGAAUUCCGUUUUCAGUGACCACAGAAAUCUACAGAACCUGUUGAUCCUAACAGCAAUAAAGGCUGACCGCACUCGAGUGAUGGAGUAUAUUAACCGCCUCGACAACUACGACGCCCCAGACAUUGCAAACAUUGCUAUCAGUAAUGAGCUGUUUGAGGAAGCCUUUGCAAUCUUCAAGAAAUUUGAGGUCAACACAUCAGCUAUACAGGUGCUGAUAGACCAUGUUAACAACCUGGACCGAGCGUACGAGUUCGCCGAGCGGUGUAAUGACCCUGCUGUGUGGAGUCAGCUUGGUAGAGCACAACUGAACCAGGGUCUAGUGAAAGAAGCCAUCGAUUCCUUCAUCAAGGCUGAUGAUCCAUCCGAGUAUAUGGAAGUAGUCAACGUAGCUAGUAACAACAAUAGUUGGGAAGACCUUGUGAAAUUCCUGCAAAUGGCCAGGAAGAAAGCCAGAGAGACAUUUAUUGAAACAGAACUUAUUUAUGCCUAUGCAAAAACAAACAGACUUGCAGAUUUAGAGGAGUUUAUUUCGGGACCUAACCACGCUAAUAUUACACAGGUGGCUGACCGUUGCUUUGACGACCAGAUGUAUGAGGCAGCCAAGUUGCUGUACAACAACGUGUCAAACUAUGCACGCCUAGCCAUCACGCUGGUCCACUUAGGAGAAUACCAGGGGGCUGUGGAUGGGGCCCGCAAGGCCAACAGUACAAAGACAUGGAAAGAGGUGUGCUUUGCCUGUGUGAACAAUGAAGAGUUCCGUUUAGCCCAGAUGUGUGGGCUCCACAUAGUAGUACACGCUGACGAACUAGAGGAUUUAAUAAAUUAUUACCAGGACCGCGGCUACUUCGAGGAACUCAUAUCAUUACUUGAGGCAGCAUUAGGUUUAGAAAGAGCCCAUAUGGGCAUGUUUACAGAACUAGCAAUCUUAUACUCUAAAUACAAGCCAGAGAAGAUGAGGGAACACUUAGAGCUAUUCUGGUCUAGAGUCAACAUUCCAAAGGUUUUACGAGCAGCAGAGCAGGCUCACUUGUGGCCCGAGCUCGUGUUCUUGUAUGAUAAGUAUGAAGAGUAUGACAACGCCGUGAUAACAAUGAUGAGCCAUCCAACAGCAGCGUGGCGCGAGAGUCAAUUCAAGGACAUUAUAACUAAGGUGGCCAACAUUGAGCUAUACUACAAAGCAAUACAGUUCUACCUGGACUUCAAGCCACUACUACUGAACGACCUGCUCUUAGUUCUAACUCCUCGCCUUGACCACACACGUGCGGUCAACUUUUUCACCAAGGUCAACGAAAUCCCACUGGUGAAACCAUAUCUAAGGGCAGUGCAAAAGAACAACAACAAAGCGACCAAUGAAGCACUGAACAACCUUCUGAUCGAGGAGGAGGACUACCAGGGCCUUCGUACAUCCAUCGAUGCCUACGAUAAUUUUGACAACAUCACCCUGGCCCAGCGCCUCGAGAAACACGAGCUGAUUGAGUUCAGACGUAUUGCUGCUUACCUCUACAAAGGCAAUAACCGCUGGAAACAAUCGGUGGACCUCUGUAAAAAGGACAAGCUCUUCAAGGAUGCCAUGUGCUACGCGGGUGAGUCGAGGAACAUCGACAUAGCGGAGGACCUGAUAGCUUGGUUCCUCGAGAACCAGUACCAUGAAUGUUUCGCUGCCUGCCUGUUCCAGUGCUACGACUUGUUACGACCGGAUGUGAUCCUGGAGCUAGCCUGGCGACACAACAUCAUGGAUUUCGCCAUGCCAUACAUGAUCCAGGUUGUGAGAGAGUACAUUUCCAAGGUUGAUAAACUAGAGCAGUCAGAAGCGGUGCGGUCAGAGGAGGAACAGAAAGCAGAAGACCGCCCCAUUGUAUUCGCGGAGAACCAACUUAUGCUGACUGCUGGACCAGGCACUAUGAUACCCCCUCCCCAAGCCCCCUCGCCCCAGCCUGGCUACGGAGGCCAGUAUCCACCUGGCAUGGUGCCGGGCAUGGCCCCAGGAAUGGCUCCCGGAAACGUUCCAUACGGAUACAGCAUGUGAUAACAUCAUCUUCAUCUGUUGUGUGCUUGACGAGUCGUGUCACGACUGGACUUGAUAGGGACCCGAGAACUCUAGAUAGGGACUGGUCAGGCUGACCAGGUCAUGGUCAACCCGAUUGGUCAUUUAAUUUUAGUCUACUGGUCAUCCUGUUGUUUUUGACCAAUCAAUUGGCUGGAGAGAAAUGUCUGUUGUGAUCCAUGUUGGGACAUGUUAAAUUUAGUAGGCCAGCCUGUUGAUUGGUUAGCUGAAUGGUCAUGUGACUAGUAUACCUGUACUGCACUGUGUGUUUGUCCUCCUGUGAUUUACAUUUUUUUUGUUAAAAUAUUGAGAUGAUGCGUGAGUGUAGAUAUUUACGUAUUGUGAUAGAGGUGUCUUGACGGCCAUGUUUUACCCUGAGGGAGUUAUCUGUGAAUGUAUGAGCCCCAUACAUGAUUAUUGUUGUCCUCUGUUAAACUGUUAAAGCGCUUAUAGGAUCAUCAAUAUUGCUGCUCCGGCAAGUCACAUUUAAGGUAUUUCUGCUCCAAGCGUGCAAGUGAUUCCUCCUAGGAGAUGGUCAGGACAGUGGUUUUGUCCUUCAGCCUCGCCUAGGAGAUGACAGACUUGUCCAUCCCUGUGUGAAUGUGUUCACAGUUGACCAGAAGAAAUGGUUCUCCUAUCCACGCAGCUAAAUGUGAUUUCAAAAAAUUAUGUUUGAAUUUCUUGAGAAGUUUCUAUGGCAGAGCUUUUCCUAUUGUCUUUUGAGAUAUAUUUAUAGAUUGUUUUGUUUUUCGGUCACUGUACCCUGCUGUGCAUGUACGUCUGUGUUGACGUUAAACUCGGCCAGGUCUUAGGUUCAUCAAGUGCUUGCUCGGGAUCAAAUGGUAUGUAAGUGCUGCAAGUUGACUUUGGGGUUCAUCCUCGUUUUCUUUCUUUUAUUGUAUACUUUUGUUAUUUUGAUUUGAGACACGUUUGUUUUGAUGAGAUUUUUAAAUGUCAAAUUGUAUUUAUAACGUCAGUGGCGUGUAGAGUAGGACUAUUUAUUGUGCAUCACAUCGUGUUGUCAUAGCGACAACAACCUUAUAGUCACACGGCGCGGCUGUUAAAAGCCCGACUUCAAACACAAAGUUCGGUGUAUUAUUUGUGUAUUGGCAACUGUGCACUAACGCCAGAUGCAGCAUUGGUCAACAUUAGAGAAAAAUCAUUGUUAAAUGUUUCUGUGUGUUAAUGUGUAAAGAUGUAAGAUGACGUCAGACUGUCGUCAACUAGCGGUUAUAAUACAUUCUAAGUGUUGUGUAUGGUAUAUAUAUGUCAUUAGUCUGCUCCCCCCGCGGACCAGUGGACUGGACUGGUCAGUCCAUUUUACAGGGGUGGACAGGUUGGCAUUAUUAAAUGUACAAAUACAGAACUAGGAAAGUGUUGAUCACCUGGUCACCCCUGUAACUGGACCAGCCCAUGGUCAAAGGGGCAUGAUAAGGGGAUGGGGAACGGGGUAUGUAAAUCAUGUUCAGCUAGAAAUACCAGGACUAAAAUGUUACUGUGGUGAGGGGCAUAUCUUAUCACCAGGGAUCAGUAGAAUGUUCCACCCCACAGAUGUGUCCAUUUUAACUAUUUCUUGUUGAGGAAAUGAGAGGAAAUAUGUGUGUAUAAAGGAAGAGCUGUAUAGCCAAUCAAACAACCCAUUACAAAUUACCCAAGUUUUAUAUAUAUAUAUCGUGCAUCUUGAUUGGACAGAAUGAUGUUGUAUGAAAAUGCCAAGAAAACACAUUAUAUUAGGUAAUAUUAGUGUCAUGUGUAAUUGUAUAUAUACACAUACAUGAGGAACAAUUAAAAUGAAUGUACCACAGUAAAA